AUGUCCACUUACAGCUCGAAGCAAAUAACUUCUUCUGGGCUAGGUAAUAUUAGUGGUUCCUCACUCGGUCGGGCUGUUGGUUCCUUCAGGGCUCCAAGUAUCCAUGGAGGAUCGGGUGGCAGGGGUAUUUCUGUCUCUACUGCUCGGUUUGUCUCUUCUGGGGUAGGAGGUGGCCUUGGUGGUGGAUAUGGUGGUGGUUUGUAUGGUGGCUUUGGUGGUGGCUUUGGUGGUGGUGAUGGCCUCCUUUCUGGAAAUGAAAAGUCAACUAUGCAGAACCUGAAUGACCGCCUGGCGUCCUACCUGGACAAAGUACGUGCUCUGGAGGAGGCAAAUUCUGAGCUAGAAGUUAAAAUCCGAGACUGGUACCAGAAACAAGGACCAGGGCCAGCCCAUGACUACAGCCUAUAUUACAAGACUAUUGAAGAUCUUCGAGACAAGAUUCUUGCUGCCACCAUUGACAACUCCAAGAUUGUUCUGCAGAUUGAUAAUGCCAGGCUGGCUGCUGAUGACUUCAAAACCAAGUAUGAAACAGAGCAGGCGCUGCGUAUGAGUGUUGAGGCUGACAUCAACGGCCUGCGAAGAGUCAUGGAUGAGCUGACCCUGGCCAGAACUGACCUGGAGAUGCAGAUAGAAAGCCUGAAGGAGGAGCUGGCUUACCUAAAGAAGAACCAUGAGGAGGAAAUGAAAGCCCUGGGUGGGCAAACAGGUGGCCAAGUCAGUGUUGAGGUUGACUCUGCUCCAGGUAUUGAUCUGACCAAGGUCCUGGCUGACAUGAGAGACCAGUAUGAAGUCAUGGCUGAGAAAAACAGGAAGGAUGCUGAAACUUGGUUCAACAGUAAGACUGAAGAGCUGAACCAAGAAGUAGCCAUCAAUACUGAACAGCUGCAGACCAGCAAGACUGAAAUCACAGAUCUGAGACACACCCUCCAAGGCCUGGAGAUAGAGCUUCAGUCCCAGCUUAGCAUGAAAGCUGCCUUGGAAGGCACCUUGGCAGACACUGAGAAUCGCUAUGGUGCCCAGCUGGCACAGAUCCAGCACCUGAUUGGAAACAUUGAGGCACAGCUGACUGACCUUCGAGCUGAUAUGGAGCGGCAGAAUAGUGACUACAAGCAACUCAUGGACAUCAAGACCCGUCUGGAGCAGGAGAUUGCCACUUACCGCCAGCUGCUGGAAGGCCAAGACUCCUAG